AGCUUAGCGAAAAUUUUUUUUUGUUUCGUUUUUUUUUUCUUUCAACUUUGACAUUGGCAAAAUCAUCAGUUCUCAUAUUGAUGGAGCCAUAAAAAUAAAAAGUGAAGUGAAUGUUCACAAUUUGAAGUGUGUAGAUUUGUUAUUGGGGACGACGGGUUGUUUAUCAUGGCGGUUAAGUUGGUGUCAGUAAAGCACUUGUUCAAUAAAUGUUUAAGAAAAACAGGUGUACGUAAGUUGUCCCAUUAUCCCAUAGACGAACGUAUAUUUGGAUUGACUAGUGAACAACAACAGCUGCGAAAGACAGUGUUCGACUUCGCACAAAAGGAGUUGGCGCCGAAAGCAGCACAAAUAGACAAAGAAGACAAUUUUAGCGAGCUGAGGGAGUUUUGGAAGAAACUUGGACAACUUGGUGUUUUAGGUAUAACUGCCAAUCCAGACUAUGGAGGAACGGGGGGGAAAUAUUCAGACCAUGUCGUCAUUAUGGAAGAAAUUUCAAGAGCUGCAGGUGGAGUAGGUUUAUCUUACGCUGCUCACUCAAACCUAUGCGUAAACCAAAUUAAUAGAAAUGGAACCCAUGAGCAGAAAAGUAAAUAUUUGCCAAAGCUUUGUUCAGGCGAGCAUAUUGGCGCUCUCGCAAUGUCUGAACCUGGUGCGGGAAGUGACGUGGUAUCUAUGAAGACGAGAGCUGAGAAAAAAGGGGACUAUUAUGUGCUUAAUGGAAGUAAAUUCUGGAUCACUAACGGGUCCGACGCUGAUGUAUUGGUGGUAUAUGCCAAAACUGACCAGUCAGCCAAGCCACGCCAUGGCAUAACAACGUUUCUAAUUGAAAAAGACUUUCCCGGAUUCUCCAUUGCUCAGAAACUAGAUAAACUUGGCAUGAGAGGGUCAAAUACUUGCGAAUUGGUAUUUGAAGACUGUAAAGUUCCAGAGAAAAACAUUUUAGGAGAAGUAAAUAAAGGAGUUUAUGUGCUCAUGUCUGGAUUGGACCUGGAGAGAUUGGUGCUAGCUGCAGGCUCGAUUGGUUUGAUGCAAGCUUGCAUCGAUUCUGCGUUUGAAUACGCGCACACUAGGAAACAGUUUGGCAAACAUAUUGGAGAGUUUCAGUUGUUACAGGGUAAAAUGGCAGAUAUGUACACAACACUGAGCGCGUGUCGAAGUUACGUUUACAAUAUUGCGAAAGCUUGUGACGAGGGGCAUGUGAACAGCAAGGAUUGCGCCGGAUCAUUUUUAUACUGCGCCGAGAAAGCUACGCGAGUUGCUCUUGAUGCUGUGCAGAUAUUAGGAGGCAACGGCUACAUCAAUGACUAUCCCACAGGAAGGUAUCUAAGAGAUGCCAAGGUCUAUGAAAUAGGUGGUGGGACAUCAGAAGUCAGACGAAUGCUCAUUGGCAGAGCCAUCAAUAAAGAAUACAAUUGAUAAUUGUUUAUUACAAUAAAGUUUUACUAACCUGUUGACUUCUAUAAUCUUCCAUCAUGAUAAACCAAUCCUUCAUUUUCUAAGCAAGGCUCUUCAAUUCCACCAAAAA